AUGUCUCGACAACUUUUGCACCUUACCGGCAGUGCUUUACGCAUGGCCCAGGUUAUCCUUAUCGUCUUUCCCCAGAUCGAUACAAUCAAUACGACAGGUGCUCUAGAAGCGAAGAAUUCUACUGGAAAGGGAGCUGUCAUUGCGUCUUUCCAAAUUGGUGCGCUGAUUGGUGCGCUGUCAUGUACUGUCAUCUCAGAUCGUCUUGGGCGACGCAAGACUAUUUUCAUCGGUUCUAUUCUCACUAUCAUUGGUCAAUUGCUCCAAGUGUCAGCCUAUUCUUUGGUUCAAUUUACUGUUGGCCGAAUCAUUCUGGGUAUCGGUACCGGUCAAUUCAGUGUUGCUGUCCCUGUUUGGCAAUCUGAAUGCUCUUCCGCCAAGCAUCGGGGUCAGCAUGUCAUCGCCGACGGUAUCUUUAUGUGUCUCGGAUAUGCUCUGUGCAACUGGAUCGACUUUGCUUUCAGUCGACUAUCUGGUGAAAAUACCGGUCAAUGGCGUGGACCGCUGUCACUAUCCUUCCUGCCAUCACUGGUGAUCUUGGUCGCGGUCUUCUUACUUCCUGAGUCACCACGUUGGUUGGUAAGAGUGAACCGUACCGAAGAGGCAUCCGCUAGCCUUGCCGCAUACAAGGGCAUGUCUCCGGAAGAUGAAGCUAUCAAGUCAGAAAUUUCUGGUAUUGAACUAUCAUUUGAGAACACCACCCAGUCAACAAGGGCGAUCCGUGAAAUGUUCUCCAAAGAUGAUGACGAACGUUUAUUCUAUCGCUUCUGUCUCUGCAUUGUCUUGCAAUUCUUCCAACAAAUGUGUGGUGGAAACCUUAUCUCAGUCUACGCCUCUACCAUCUUCGAACAAAAUCUGGGUCUGAGCUCUAGUCUUUCAAGAAUCCUUGCAGCAUCUGCCCUGACAUGGAAGUUUGUAUGCUGCUUUAUCUCCUUCUUUGCCAUUGAUCGACUAGGCCGACGUGCAGUAUUUAUGAUCAGCGGUACAGGCAUGGCAUUCUGCAUGGCUGCAUUGGCCAUCACCACUAGCUUCGGAGUUGAAAACAGACAGGCGUCGAUCGCAUCCGUGGUGUUUAUUUUCAUGUUUAAUCUCUUCUAUCCCAUUGGCUUCCUGGGUGGUAAUUUCCUGUACUGCACGGAAGUUGCGCCCCAGCGUCUUCGAGUCGCGAUGUCAGCUAUCUCCACUGCCAACCACUGGUUGUGGAACUUUGUUGUUGUGAUGAUUACUCCGGUCGCUUUGGAUACUAUCGGCUACCGGUACUAUAUCAUGUACGCGAUCUUAUCUGCCUGCAUUCCGGUUCUGGUGUAUUUCUUCUAUCCGGAGACUAUGAACCGGAACUUGGAGUUGAUCAACCACGUCUUCCGGGAUGCGUCGUCGCCUUGGCAGAUUGUCUCUAUGGCGCGUCAUCUUCCUCAGGGAGAAAUUACCCCGGCAGAGCUGGUUGCCUAUAACAAGGAGAAGGACGAUUGCUCUGUUGAGAUGAGAGAACAUGCAUGA